UGCGCUGCUCUUCUCCGACAAGCUGCCGGGGCGGAUGCCGCCGCCAGCGCCGAGCCAGAGGGUCGAUUAUCCAUUCCCUUUGGAAAAUGCUCGACAAUGUCAAUGUCCGUUGAUGAGAUCCGCAAUGUCGUUCUUCUAUUCAGUAACCCAUCGUGGAGUGGCGUCGGCACAGUCGCGAGUACCGUUAUCAGAAACAUCACGGCCAUAUCAAGCAAGCUCACUCUCUCGGUGAGAUUCAACCAAAACAUCACCGUGUUAUCGUCCAAGUAUGCUUCAACUACCAACGGAGUCAUCCAAGGCCUCCUCUACGUCCCAGAUCUUUCGUCCGAUGACCCUUGUAUGAACGAGACGGCCCCCUACGUCCCCAAGUCGGCCGUCCGGCAGAAAGAUCUUCCACCUGCAAACUACAAUCUGAUGGCGUUGGCGCCCUGGGUUUCUGGCGAAUGCGCCAGAAAGUAUCUGGUAUCUGCCCAUACGGAUCCCUUGCGAGGGUUGAUAUUUUACAAGCCGGGAAACUCGUCUGAGUCGCCGCCUUCGGCCGGGUCCUCCGACUGGGAUAUCCAGGAUGAUGGAAAGUGGAAGGCGAACAGUGGCUUUCCCGUCUAUGCCGUGUCUGGCAUGGUUGGCCAGCAGCUGAUGCAACAGAUCACUCUGUACUCGGGCAACACAUCCUCGGUUCCCUUUGGACAUAACCUAACCACCAUCUAUAACCUCGACUCCGACGACUUCGUGAGGAUAUGGACAGAGCUGGUGGUAUCGACGCAAUCCAACAUGCUCGGUAUCUGGGUGUACUUCCUCAUCAUUGUCGGCGUUUUCUUCGCCAUCAUUUCCACGACGUCUUUCCUCAUGCAUUUUGUCCAGGCUUGGCGGCGCGUUUCACUGAGACGGCGUGUCGCUGCUGGCGAUGUAAACCUGGAAGGGAUGGGCAUUGCCCGUCUAACGGUACCCGCUGAGCAGAUUGGAGAGUUUCCCCUGUUUACAUACCGCUACGAGCCCGAGCCCACAACGAGCCCUCCUGCAUCCCCUGCAUCUCCACGACAGACUGCAGCCACGGCUGGCCGCUCCCUCAGCUCAAAUACCAAGAGAAGCAGUCAGGACCCGCCAGAUGCAAUUUUGACGACUGUCCUGACUGUGCGGAGCCCGAGACAUUCGGAAAAGGGGCUCAAUAGCCCGUUUACUGCUUCCACCGUUGCGACCGAUUACCAACCAGCGUGCGAGAUAUGCCUUGAGCCGUAUCAAAACCGCGUCACGGUGAUCCGUGAGCUGCCGUGCGGCCACAUCUUUCACCCCGUGUGCAUAGACGAGUUCCUGCGAAACAACAGCUCUCUCUGUCCCCUAUGCAAAGCAAGCAUGCUCCCACAAGGCUACAGCCCCAAGAUAACAAACGAGAUGGUGCGGCGAGAACGGGCUACCCGCCGACUACGUGAUCGCGUGGAGGUUAUCGAUGUUGAAGACAACAACGACAGCGACGACGCGACGAAGCGUAGCAGGAUGCACGGUUGGGGCGGCACAAUCAAGCGGAUAUGGAGCCGCGGAGUAAGAGCCGCCACCACUAAGACGACUACAACGACAACGGCGGCCGAGACCGAGCUUCAGCCCCAACCGCCGCCAAGUCUGGUUCCUCAAAGCCAGCAGGUACCGGCGCCUCAGUUGACUUCGUUACAAAGCGAGCGCGGCAAGGUUGUAGGUCGAGGUAGUCCCACUUCUCUAGCGAGGAAGCGUAUGCGCGAACUCGCCAGUGAUCCACAGUUGGACGACGGCAGUUCCGGGCUGACGAAAUGGCAAAAAAUACGAAAAAAGGCGUUUCCGGGAUUUUAAAAGAGAGGGUUGUUUUGUGUGUUGGUUUCCUCUUGGCCUUGAUUGUUAGCUUGUCAUUUUG